AUGGCAGCCAGCGCUUCCCACUGGCACAGCUACCUCGGGGUGAUUGUGUCCCGCGAGAGGCAGCGGCUGGAGCAUUUCCAGCGGGCUGAGGACAUAUUGCUGACCCUGCUGGAGGGCGUCCAUGCCAGGGAGCCCCGCUUCCUUGUAGACUACGCCAGGAACCUGGAGGCCUUUGAGUUUGCUCUCUGCGCCUCCGAGGAUGCUGUCACCAUGGAGGUCCCCCUGCGGAUCGAUGGUGAUGCCCUGAGGGUGCUGGCAUGCCGGCCUGGGGACACCCCAGCCGGGCACUGUCCAGGGCUGGGCACCUUCUGUCUGGAAGUGCCCUCUCCAGGGACGGGCUUGGAGGACUGGACCAGCACUGUGGAUGUGAUGGAGCGGGGAGAUGGUGCGGGGUGCCUGGUUCCGGGCAAAGUCCUCCGGCACCUAAAAGAGCUCCUUGUUUCGGCCAUCGUGCGCUGCCAACGCCUCUUCCUGCUUCAGCCAGGUGACCUCAGCGCCGAAAAUCUGCAGGAAGAUGCCAUGGAGCUCUCCCUGCUGAUCCGUGGUGGCUGGAAGACCAUCCGCUUUGACAUUGUCCCAGUGGUGAGGAGGCGGCAGGAGCCGCUCUGGCUCAAAGGGCAGCAGAGUGACAGGGGCUUCCCCAAAGGCAGCCUCCGGAAGGCCAUGGAAGAGGCCCAUUUUGUCCCUGCCUCUCCCCAUUGCUGGAGAUCCUCCACUCAUCUCCCCAUCCUGAAACUGCUCCAGGCAGUGGACAUGCUGAAGGGACGCCAUCUGGACAGUCUUCGCCUGCUUGAUCAGCUACGCGUCCAGGACUGGGAAGAGGAGGCUGGGAAAGGCGGUCUCACUUUCAACCACCUGAAGAUGGUGCUGCUGUGGAGCAUGGAGCUCUUCCCCUCCCCAGAGGACUGGCAGGACCUGGAAGGCUCUGUCUACAGGCUCUUGGUGAUCCUCCUCCGCUGCCUGGCCAGCCGGCACCUGCCCCACUUCCUGCACCCGGAGGAGAACCUCUUCCAAGGAGAGGCCCUGGACCUCACCUCUCUCUACCAUAAGGUGGAGAGCUUCGCCCAGGACCCCCGACGCUUCCUCCGCUUCCAUUUUGGCCUCCCUGCACGCACUGACAGCUGGCUCGCGGACCCCAGCACCCGAGCCCUCCUGCACCUCCCCACCGAGGACAGGUCCUACUGGGACACAGCCUACUUUGACAUCCUGCUCAGCCAGUUCCAGGUGUACCGGAUCCAGGACAGCGCACGCCGCUCGGCAAUGUCCCAGCUGCUCUCCAAGAUCCAGCAAGUAAACCCCAAGCAGAGCUGA